AUGUUUAAGGAUCAACAUCAGUCAGACCAAUUUGCUGAUAACUUGUCGUCGUUAGGAACACAAUGGCAUUUUAAUCCACCGGCUGCUCCCCACUUUAGUGGUAUUUGGGAGUCAAACGUGAAAUCAACCAAGCUUCAUCUAAAACGAGUUGUGGGUGACCAAAUCUUGACUUUCGUUAAAUUCUCAACUUUUCUCUGUCGCAUUGAGGCUUGCCUUAACUCUCGUCCACUCUGCCCCUUGACAGACGACCCACUUGACUUGAAUCCAUUAACUCCUGCACAUUCAUUAACCCUGAGGGCUUCUUAUUUUGUCCCAGACCACGACCUUCUAGCUGAAAGGGUUUUUUCAUUACAAAGAUGGAAAUUAAUAUCGCAGUCUGUUCUGGUUUUUCGGAAAAGGUGGUCCUCAGAGUACCUCAGUACCCUUCAGGAACGAUUCAAGUGGCUUACGCCUCAAAGGUCCAUGCAAGUAGGAGAUUUGAUCCUUAUAAAAAAUGAGUUGACUUCACCUGGCAAGUGGCCUUUAGGUCGAAUAAUAGAGAUUUUUAAAGACCCGAACUCUCUAGUCAGAGUGGUAAGGGUUAGGACCAGCAGUACUGUCUUAGUUAGACCCAUUCACAAAUUUAUUCUGCUAAAAACUAGCUCUGAAUUGACGCCAAUAACUUAG